UACCUUUUAUCAGCACUGUUUUUAGACUAGAAAGUAGCCUACCUUAUAAUCGAAGGAACCGCAGAUAUUUGAGGACGUAACUAAUCGUCCCAGUGUCAGAUAUCUCAGCGUUACAGGCUGAUCAGAUAAAACAAAGAACAGUGUUUGAAACUCCGCCCUUGGUUUGCGUUGACCGAGUACUUUCAAGAUCCCAAAUCGUUUUUAGGUCCGGGUGGAGGGUCACAGUAGGCGCUCCUACACGUGUUUACGCUCGGUAAAGGUCGAUCUGAAAGAAAGGAUAAUAUUCAUUCAAGAAACUGUCUGUAACUCUAACUGAAACUGCACUGGCUUCAGGCGUAAGUUACUAACCUACUACUGAACGAACUUCAGGAGGAAAUGAAUUAAUGGAGCCGAGAGUACUGCACAAACUGGAAGUUGUAGAGCCGUCACUACUUGCGCAUUAGCCUAACUAUUCAGAUUGCACUGGAGAGUUGAACUUGUAGGUUUAAACAUGACGCUGUAGGCCUAUCUGUCGUUAACGUGACACAUAACGGAAAGCGCUGGGCUGGUAACAGGGCAAGUACUUUGAGACACUUUCAGUGGAGUUUGCGGUGAUUUAACGCACAUCCGUUGAGCAAAAACGUUAUACUCAAUGAGUGUAUUGAGGAGACUUGUUUAAUAUGAACGAAAAACCAGCGUUAGGAGAUCAACUACACGAGGAUCAAACUAAGGCGGACUUGGAGAACCAUGUGAAGUUGGAGGCGGGGGACGCGGAUCUGCCCGCCGACAAUCAGAGUGAGCUGGACAGUCAUGUAGCGCUGCCACCCACCCAUCUGUACAAACGGCGCUGGAUGAUUGUCCUCCUGUUCAGCUCAUAUUCACUAUGCAACUCCUUCCAAUGGAUACAGUACGGCAUCAUCAACAACAUUUUCAUGAAAUUCUACAACGUGGGCACCUUCACUAUAGACUGGAUGUCUAUGAUCUACAUGCUGACAUACAUUCCCUUCAUCUUCCCGGUGACCUGGCUGCUGGACAAAAAGGGGCUCCGGGUCAUCGCGCUGGUGGCCACAGCGCUCAACUGUGCAGGGACAUGGAUCAAAGUGGCCAGCGUCAGACACAACCUAUUCGCCGUCACCUUUCUGGGACAGUUCUGCUGCUCGUUCGCGCAGGUGUUCAUCCUCGGGAUGCCGUCGAGAAUCGCGUCUGUGUGGUUUGGUUCAGAGGAAGUGUCCACCGCCUGCUCCAUCGGAGUCUUCGGGAAUCAGCUGGGUAUUGCAAUUGGGUUCCUUGUGCCUCCCAUUCUGGUGCCUAAUGCGGAAGACAUGGACGAGCUGGCUCACCACAUCAGCGUCAUGUUCUACAUCACAGCAGGAGUGGCUACCUUACUCUUCGUCCUUGUUGUCUUUGUCUUCCAGGAGCGACCUGAACUGCCUCCGACUCAGGCCCAGGCAACAGCUCGUAGCAUCCCACCAGAGCAGUACUCCUACAUUGCCUCCAUCCUCAGACUGCUCCGCAACAGGCCCUUCAUCCUCCUCAUCAUCACUUAUGGUUUGAACGUGGGUUGUUUCUAUGCUGUUGGCACCCUUCUGAACCGCAUGAUCAUCGAGCAUUACCCUGGAGAAGAGGUGAAUGCUGGGAGGAUUGGCCUUACCAUUGUCAUUGCGGGGAUGGUCGGCUCACUGAUCUGUGGCGUUUGGUUGGACAAAACUAAAACCUACAAGCAGACAACCCUCGCAGUCUACUUCAUGUCUCUGGUGGGGAUGAUAGUCUAUGCUGCUACACUCGAUCUGGGACGCCUCUGGGUGGUCUUCAUCACCGCUGGAGCACUUGGGUAUUUUUCAUUCAUUCUUUUAACAUGAUGAUUUGUACAAUAA